UUAGCUAAAGUGCCAACACCUACCCAGGUUGCCAUAGGGGUUCAUCUACAGCCUGAUUCAAAAGGCUUUGUCAGUGUGACACACUGACUCAGGUGCUAAUGCUGUUUACAGAGUCUACCUGCAGUGUGGGCUGUGCCAGUUUUUUGGCUUCAGAAGGGAAAAAAAAAAAAAUGGCUUGUGGAGUUUGUGUGAAGCUGCUUUUGCUGUUGACCUGUGGGCAGUUUGCACAUGCAUUUAUCUCCAAAAAAGCAGGCUCCAGUGGCAUCAAACCAUCCUCUAAGCUGGCUGAGGAGUUUCCAACCAGUUAUGUGUCUGCUUCUUUGUAUCUCAGUGCUGUGGGCUCUGCACAGCCUGGAGUUGCUCCGGGAAGCUCUGGACCCAGUUACUCUCAGAGUGGUUCGUCCGGGAACCUGAGGCCUGCUGCCGCACCCAGUGCUGGAGGUGACAGUGGUUUAUAUGGUAGACCAGUAGAAGGUUACGUUGCAGAGAGACUUCUUCCUGGUUACAAGUCUGACCCAGUGAUUCGUUCAAGACACAGGGCGUCCUCACAGUGGGGUUCUCCUGUGCCGCAGAAAGAAAACAGAUUUAUUGUUUCUAGUUAUGCAAUUGAGAUGCGGUCUGAGUCCAGGCCCCAGCAGCCGGCCCGCCAGCCAAGGCCCAUGUCUGAGCUGCUCGGCCUGUCUGAGCCCGAGCAGCUGAGCAAAAGCAAGAAGGUGUUUGCAGCUUCGCAGACUGACUCAAACCCAGAAAUGAAUGAGCCAGGAACCUCUAAACUAGUGGUCCCCCCGAGUGGCAUCAUUAACUGGUACCUGUGUAGACCAGGUUUCAACUUUAAGUCCCCUAAAUGUUUCCCAAUCUUGUCCUGGAAGCCGUCUGGCAAGCCGUCAUAGCGUUUGUGAAAUUCAGUACAAUACUUGGAUGUCCGCUUCCUGCCUAUGGAUGUCAUCUGAAACAAGUGUUUAGUGUGUUCACAUGCUAACAGUGCUGUACAAUGUCAGGCUUGGUGUGAUGUCUCUAAACCAGAGGUCAUGUAUGAAACUAGAGUUCUUCUAGUUAUUGGGUCUUUACUUCUGGUACAAAAGUGACAUGAAGUGUUGGUGAGUAGAUCUUUAAAUAAAAGGAGGGAAACUAAUACUUCUGACUUUUUA